AGCACUGAACAUUCAAAUGAUAUCUCAGAAGCUGCAUUGGACCAUCCCUUCCUCAGUUUGGAACCGUCAUUUACUUCUAUCCAGAAACGCAGAUCUAAUAGUAGGUCCGGUGCUCCUGCUCUUAGUAACACCUCUUCUGAACCCGAACUACCUUUCUCUCAGGCUACUCAGCCACUUGAGGCCACCGACCCGCCUGUUAUGGAUUCGUCUCUGUCUCUAUGUGAGGAGUCUGAUGCCUCACUCUCUGUUCGACCUGUUGUCUCCUUGCCUUUGGCUUCAACUUCCCCUGAACUGGCAACUGCUUGCUCGUCUCUUUCUGUGCCUGACACGUCUCUUUUCGGCCAUCAGACAAGCGUCUCUACUUCUCAUUCAGGAAACUCUAGUCUUGCAACUGCUCAAAUGCCGCCAACUUUGAUGAAUGCCGCUAUCCUAGCCAUGGCACAAAUGAAAGCACAACAAUCCGGAAGCUUGCCAUCGACUGGUUCAACUAUUUCUAGCGCUCCUCUUAUCGAAAUUUCUCCCGAGGCUUUGGCGAGCAGACUAGGAAUGAAGGCCGCUUCUAAUGUUACUGUUGCAAGCAAUAACCCUACUAAUACAUCUGACUCAGGUACUUCUGGUUCCGUGGGGACGUCGCAGCAACCCUUUGUCCAGUCUCAAGAUCAGCAACUACCGCAUAGCUCCGGAAAAUCCACCUUAAAGCAAUCUACACAACAAGUUCAACAACGACAGCAACAACAAAUACAACAGCAGUCGUCCCAGCCUCCACUAGCGUUACAGCAGGCAGCGGCAUCUGCACUCCGUACUCCCCUUGCUCAUUCGCCAGUCGGACUUGGUCAACUCUCACCUGCUGCUGUCGCAGCUGUCGUCGCCCAGCAGCAGGUGGCGGCUGCUGCAGCUGCUGUUGUACAUAAUCAGCAACAGACCCAACAACAAGUAAAUCAGCAGCGUAACCCCUCUCUCGGGUCCUCUAUCAUUACUCAAAUGCACCCUAGGGACGCAGCCGCUCCGUUUCGCAAUCGAAAUCUCGAUAAAGUGAAAAAUGGUGCCCAUGUGCCAGAGCUCUUUCUCCAGCUACAGGCUCUUGAAACAGGCUAUCGUAGAUUGCCCCUUCCUUGCGAUACAGAGAAGGCACGGAUGAUUAUUUGCAAAAACUUGGUAAACGCGCCCAGCUACUAUCCUCGAGAACCAAUGCGUAAUACUGACACUGAGGAAUAUUAUGCUCGGCUUGAUGCCCAGACUCUGUUCUUCAUAUUUUACUACUUUGAAGGUACCAAAGCCCAAUAUCUAGCUGCUAAAGCCCUUAAGAGAAUGUCCUGGCGUUUCCACACCAAGUACAUGAUGUGGUUCCAGCGCCAUGAAGAGCCUAAGCAGAUAACCGAUGAAUAUGAAUCCGGCACUUACAUAUAUUAUGAUUUCAAGACAAUGAGUCAACGGAAAAAAGAGGAAUUUGUUUUUCAUUACAGCUUUUUGGAGGAUAAAGAUUUUUGA